AUGGCCGAUCAAGAAGAUGGUGCACCGCGACAUGGUGCUUCUCCUCCACGAUCAGGAGGAGACAUGUCCAGCGAUCGUGGGCAUGUUGAUGCAGCCAGCGUAGCUUCCACGUCUACUGCUGGCGAUGCUUCAAGAACCACUUCAGCAAUGACAUCCCCGUUAGGAAUGGACUUCAAGAAACCCGAUGCGGACGAACAAGGAAUCCCCAAAUUCCCAGCGUUACACCACAAUCCCGAUUCCAAAGGAGAUGAGGCGGAUGAUGAAGAGUGUACCGCCAAACCUUUCCAACGAACAAGAAGUCCCGAGUCGGAACUACGAAGGAAUAAGGGCGCCGUGUACGAAAAGGUGGGCGAUCAAGGGGUUUGCAAAAUGCAUAAAUUUUCUCUCUACGAAACUGCGACUCGAUAUUAUAUCGUUGGUGCCGAUGUGAUGGACAAACGGUUCAGGAUAUUGAAGAUCGAUAGAACGGCGGACGCUGGUAGUCUGAGCAUCGCGGAAGACGAGAUUGUGUAUACCAAGAAAGAAAUGAGUCAACUAUUGAACGCGAUCGACGAUGGCAAUAAGAGUACUGGUGGAAUGAAGCUUCGUUGCAGCACAUGGGGUUUGCUCGGUUUUAUUAGAUUUACUGGAGUUUACUACAUGUUGCUCAUUACGAAGAGGGGCCAAGUGGCUAUGAUUGGAGGUCAUUUCAUCUAUUCCAUUGACGGAACGGAGAUGGUACCAUUGACUACUGGGCAUAGCUCGCGGUUCAAGCCUGAUUUGAAAAACACCGAAGAAGCAAGAUUCCUUGGAAUUCUCAAUAAUCUGGACUUGACCCGAUCAUUCUACUUUAGCUACUCUUACGAUAUUACUAGGACUUUGCAGCAAAAUAUCAUAACUGAAAGACAGGCUGUGGCCGAUGGAGCAUCAUAUCCGCAUCCUCAAAAUUGUAAUUCCAUGUUUGUGUGGAAUAGCUAUCUGUUACAGCCAGCCGACGCAGCGUUGAAAAAUACCUACGACUGGUGUCUUCCCAUCAUUCAUGGCUAUAUGGAUCAAUCUGCUCUUCCUAUAUAUGGCCGUACAGUCUACAUCACUGUCAUUGCUAGACGUUCAAGAUACUUUGCUGGUGCUCGUUUUCUAAAACGUGGUGCUAAUGACUUGGGCUAUGUUGCGAAUGAUGUCGAAACCGAGCAGAUCGUUUCCGAAGUUUUGACCACCUCUUUUCAUGCUCCUGGUGCAAAACUAUUCUCCAAUCCAAACUUCACCUCAUAUGUGCAGCACCGAGGAAGUAUUCCUCUGUACUGGACACAAGACAAUACCGGAGUAACGCCAAAACCACCAAUUGAGCUUAAUCUUGUCGACCCCUUUUAUGGUGCUGCUGCGCUGCACUUUGAUGAUUUAUUCAAACGAUACGGCGCCCCUGUUUAUGUUCUAAAUCUGGUGAAGUCCCGCGAGCGAACGCCUAGAGAAUCGAAAUUGCUGAAAGAGUUUACAACCGCGAUCGAUUAUCUCAAUCAGUUUCUCCCGGAUGAUAAGAAAAUAAUUCAUAAAGCUUGGGAUAUGAGCAGAGCUUCGAAAAGUCGUGACCAGGACGUGAUUGGAACUCUCGAGAAUAUUGCCGAGGAAGUCGUUACUACUACCGGCUUCUUUCAUAAUGGAGAUGGCAUCACGACUAUGCCAAAGGUCCAGAAUGGGGUUGCUAGAACAAAUUGCAUAGACUGUUUAGAUCGUACAAACGCAGCACAAUUCGUUAUUGGCAAGCGAGCGUUGGGUCACCAGCUACACGCACUUGGCAUAAUCGGAGAUACUUCGAUUGAUUAUGAUACAGAUGCUGUUAACCUCUUCACGCACAUGUAUCAUGAUCAUGGUGAUACCAUAGCUGUCCAGUACGGAGGGUCACAACUUGUGAAUACAAUGGAGACCUAUAGAAAGAUCAAUCAAUGGACGAGUCAUUCACGAGACAUGGUUGAGAGUUUCAAGCGAUAUUACAAUAACUCUUUCCUUGAUGGCCAGCGACAAGAGGCUUAUAACCUGUUUCUUGGUAAUUAUAUCUUUGCUCAGGGUCAGCCUAUGUUGUGGGACUUGGCCACAGAUUAUUAUCUUCAUCACGCCAACCCUCGUGGGUGGUCCGGAAGAAACCGGCGAAGCUACAUCAAUUGGUACACGCCAGAAUAUUUGGAGAAAAGAGUGCUUCCGAAGUACGUUGGACCGUCUGGCCUCGCAAGCGGAAAGCCAUUAGGCUUCUUCGACGAUUACUGGCUGGAGUACUACAAGCCACUUGCUGUAUCUUCGCUAUUAAAGGUGUUUUCCUACAUGGGACGCAUGAACUCUACCCUUCGUUAUAUUCCCGUCAAAUCGCCGCAAGAUGGCCGUUACGAUUUAUCUCCUUUCAAAGUUCGCACCGAACAUGACCAAGAAGUGCCUCAAAAGAAAAGCCGUCCAAAAGGUGUUGUGAUUAUCGAUCCAGCGGACCCAGAGACCGAACAUCACCCCCAGGAUGACGAUGCCGCAUCAAUUAUGUCCACCACUACUACAGCUACCAAGAGAAUCUCUAUUCAACGCUGGCUUCAACCUAUCCAUGAACGCACCAAUCCCAGUGGGCAUGGGAUUAUGAAAGAGGGCUCAUCCGGCCGAGAUCCUGAAAAUGAGAAGAAGAAAUUAACUCCUCUCGACAAAAGCAAAGCUGCGCAAUGGACCUUUACACAAGUCGUUCAUGAAUCGCUAAAUCCAUCUGUGGAUCAAGAAGACACAGACGACUACGCACGUUACAUCUCUCAUCCCCAAAAUCUCCCGCUCGUUAUAUCCACAGAAGUCCCUGAUUCCUUCGAUGACGAAUACACGAAUUAUGUCAACGGAACAUGGAAGGACAUCGGUAUCGUGGGUGUCUCUGGUGACGGCGGCGAAGCGGGCGAGGAGGGCGUAGUUGGUGUUAAAGAGGGGGAUCUCGAGGAGUAUAGGGAUUUCUUCGUCGUUGGAAAUAAUCCGUUGACGGUUGGCGAGGAGGAUUUGGGCAAGAAGAGGUAUAAGGCUUAUAGGAAGUGGUUGAUGGGGAAGAGUCUGUUUAAACAGCAGCCUGUGGAUUAG